AUGGCGUCAGUAACUUUACAUGUCGUUCCCAUCGAAGAAAAUGACUCCAUAGGGGCACGGACGAUCAACUUGACAUACCCGAUAUACCGUUGCAUCGUCGGUCGUUCUUCAAAGUCCGGGGCUAAUAAGUUAACCGCUGCCGAAGAUAACUUACGAUUUGACAACCGUGUUGUCUCUCGAAACCAUGCUGAGUUUUAUGCCGACCUAAAGGAGAAGCAAAUUUAUCUUACAGACACUUGCUCCAUGCAUGGGACCUCGGCGAAUGAUACCAAAUUGACAUCAAAACCUGUGUUAAUCUCGAAUGAUGAUAUUGUUACCUUGGGGGAUACCGUUAAUCGCGGACAAGGUAAAAAUGACCCUUGUAAUUCUUUAUGUGCAGAAUCUAACCUGUCUCGCAAAAUAGAGUCAUUCAAGCCAGUUAAAAUUCGUAUUGGAGUUACUUGGGAAAACAAUUCUCCAGUUACACCCUCUUGCGACGCACCAGCCACUAAUACAUUCGCUGUUCCAGAAGAUGGAGAGGAUAGUGAUGUCGAAAAUAAGUGUGAUGGUAAUGCCAGUAUCGAAAAUGACGCUUUCAUUCCGUGGCAAGACAUAUCGUCAAAUUCAGAUGCUGGUAUCAUAUCAAUUAGGUCAUCUCCCGAGCCUGCAGGUUUCGAGACAGAAAUUACCUCAUCCCAGGCUAGCAAAGACGCUGAUGAUGACAAACUUCCAUCUAAUUAUCAAAAUAUCACCUUAACGGAGAACCCAGAAUUAGCUGCUUCUAUUCCGGCAAGGGAACCUUUCUGUUUUCCAAUAGUUGAAGGCAAUUUGAACUGCAACGCCCCGCCUAUGAAUGGCCAUGGAUUAGUUACUGCCUUUGACUUUUCAAAUCCCCCAGCCCAGAUGUCUACCGAAAAGAACCAGACCCUGGCCCUGGAAGAUUCCCACUUUGGAUCAUCUUUGACAGCCCGGCCUUGGACUACCUCAGAAAAUAUCAACGAAGACUUCACGGAAUAUUCAUCCUCGGACCCUUAUCCACUCCUGGUUAAGGCUGAUUAUCUUAAACAGAGAGGCGUCCCACAACAUUUUACGCCCAUGGGGAAAGUUGUCAAGCCACGGGACGCGCAGGCCCACUCAUAUGCAGCUAACCUUAGUACUUGCUCUACUAAACGUAAGUUUAGUGACUCCUGCUUCGCCGAGCAUGAAGAGAGUCAAGAUCUUCCGGAUGCUCAACCUCGAGAGACGUUUACAAUGGCCGAAUCAAUCAAGGAUUGUGAAGACGAGCGCCCACGGAAGCGUGUUAAAAUCAUAGAGGCUCAUCAGUCUUCCCCUGCCGCAGUUUUUGCUCGAUAUGCUGCCACCGCUAUUACUGGAGCAGUUGUUGGUGGAAUAGGAGCAGUUAUCGCACUUGCUUCUCUUCCGCCGAACUUCUUUGAUUAA